CCACUGGAUGAAUUUUUGACAGCGAGCUGAAAGGAAUAAAAGGACUGGGAGAAAAAAUGACAAAGUUUUGCCGAGUGCAACAACACCAGCUCGUCUUGCUGUUGGCCGCUGCCAUGGCGGCAGCCCUGGAUUCUUCACACAGCCUGGCCAGUGAGAGGAGUUCGAUAGAAAGCACGUACGAGCUGACCAAAUACUUGGAGUAUCAGCUCAAGGAAAUCAAAGACAUAUAUCUCACCUACCUAGGCCCUCCAUUCAACGAGAAAGACUUCUCCCCUCCUCGGCCCAACAGUACUGCUCUGUCCCUGCCCAGCGCUGCCACCCGUCUGGAGCUGUGGCACGGCCUGGAGAACCAAGCUCGGCUCGCCCAGAACCAGAAGGCCUACUCUGUCCUGCUGGCAGCAGUCAGGGAGUUAGCUCGCUCCACCCUCUGCCCCUCCCUCAAGACCUCUUUGCUGCACUUUUGCACAGGCCUGGAUGGACUGCUGGGCUCCAUAUCUGCACUGAUGACCACCCUCGGUUACGCACUUCCUCCUUCAUCUGCCAACAUGGGGAGUAACGGUGGAGAGCUGCAGUACCCUCAGAGGGGGGCAGGGGGGGCCCGACCUUCUCCACUGAUGAGCCAGAGCCUUUACAGGUCCAGAGCUGGGACCAGGACAGAGUCUGGUCAGCGCAACAGCCAAAGAAGAAGCGAGACGAGGGUGGUCAGAGGAGAGAGGGAGGACGGCGUCACCGUCGACUUGGCGGAGAAAAGGAGAGGGAAGGAGGGGAGGAGAGCGGAGGCCACCGCAGCUGGAGGAAGGAGUGGCGGAUCGAGGGAGAAGGGAAGAGGAAGGAGAGGGAGGAGAGAAGAGCCAGAGAGCGGAAAAUGGACUGCAAAGGAGGAGCUGGAGGGGGAGGAAGGGGAGGAGAGAUGGGGGAGGAGAAGGUUGUUGAGUAUCAAUGAGGAUGGAGAGGAGAAGGAGAGGCAGUUUGAACCCAGGGUGGAAGUGUCGUUCCCAGACACAGGAGGCUACAUCCAAACAAACAACAACAACAACAACAACAACAACAAUCAAUACAGCUACAACCUGAACUCACAUCAGAUAGACACGCUCAGAAAAGAAGAUGCAUAUAUUGUGGAGAGAAUUAUGGAGAAGCAAACAAACAUGGAGGGCACCUCCUCUUCCUCCACUUUCCAUCAUCAGCGUCGGCCUCCUCGCUCACUCCUCUCCCCCACCCUGCCCCCCCCUCUGUCCACCCUCUCCCUGCUCUACCAGUUCGGAGCGGGUGAGGAGCACACCGUCCUGUCCCAACCCGUGUUGUCGGUGCGGCCGACAAUGAAUGACUUCGCCAGGAAGGUGGAGGGGUUUUGGAUAUUGCGAGAGCUGCAGAGUUGGCUGUGGCGGUCAGCGAAGGACUUUAACCGCCUCAAGAAGAGACUCAGGGGCUGAGACACUGAGACAUUGAGACACAUGAGUGCAGUAUAUCGGACAUCUAUAAUUUACACAAAAUCCAAGUGGAGACAAAUUGAGAGGCUAGACAGACUAAAGCACACACACAUUUAUACUUAACAUGUUCAUUCAUACCAUACUGGAACAAGUGAAUGAAGGACUAUUUGGCAGGUCACCAGGAGCACUAAUGGAAUAUAACACACACAAAGCUAACACACUACCAGCACUGUCGCACAUGAUGCACAUAGCAGCUCACUGAGCG